AUGGGUGAACGAGGAGCUGAUGUCCCAGCCCCAAUUACUCGAGCGGAUUUGGACGCUCAAAACCAACGGAUCGACAACCUAACCACACAAUUUGGGGAGGUGCGAGAAUUGUUGUUGCGAGCUAUUGGUGGCAACAAUGGAAGGGGUGACAGAGAUGAUAAUCGAAGAGAAGGUAGAGAUGGCGAGAGAAGAGAUAAUAGGAGGCAACUUAUUCCGGAUAGUGAGUCAGAGUUAGAAGAAGAACUUGAGGAACCACCACCACCACCACCGGCUAAUAAUCAUCGUAAUCGUAAUUACGAAAAUUUUGGCGAUUAUCGGAUUAAAGCCGAAAUGAAGAUUGAAGACUUCUUGGAUUGGCUUGUAGAAGUGGAUGGAGGUUCCUGA